GAUGUUUUUGAAACUUACCUGUUCCUGUGAUGUCUGGCUCCACCCCCAACAUUAAUGGGUCAUCGGGUCAUGAAAAGGGGCUUGUUAACCUUUUGGGGCCCGCCCUGUGACGCCCCAUUGUUCUAAUAGGACUUAUAUGCAGACCUCCAGCAGCUCCAGCAGUCAGAGAUCUGAGACCAACACAGAUCUGGAAGUUUCUGCAGAGAAGAAGAUGAAGAAGUUUGGAGCUAACAGGAAUGCUUACACCUACCUGGCAAAGAUCGCGUUGGCCCUUCACGAUGCUCCGGACCAGAUGCUCACUUUCACUCAGUUGAUUCAGAAGAUGGAUCUGGUUACGUCUGAGGGUGGAAAAUCUGUGGAGAACAACAUCAGGGUGUGUUUGUCAACACACAGAUGCUUCAAAAAGAUUCCAGUGGUGCGAAACUCUGGGAACACCAAGAAAAACUACUGGAAACUGGACUCUAGUCAGAUCACAACAAAGAUGGUGCGUCGCCACCUCAAAGAUGUCCUGCAUCUCUUCCCUGAGCUCACCUCCAAAGUGGAAACAGAGAGCCUGAAUAGAAGAUCAGGAAAGCAGGAAAGCGUCGAUGCUCCGGUCAAGUUCAGCAGUCCGUUCUCCAUCGAAAACCUGCUGAGAAAAGACACAACUCCAGCUUUUCCACAGACUGAAGCGAAGCAGCAGCUUCAUUCGGAUCACAGACAAGCUGCAGAAAAGAGAGAUUUCUACUGGAAGUCUGAACAGAUUUUGUUGAGUCAAACUCCUGCUGGAAGUUCCACAUUCUGGUCAACAGGGGGCAGCGCAUCCCACAGCCUCAACACUGCAGGAGUGUCUCAAUCAGUGUGGUCUGCAGGAGCAAACACUACAAAUCAUUGCACAUACAGCUGUUACCUUGUUUUUAAACCAUUUUAUUAAAGUAUUCCUUUAUAUCUUUCAGAAAUUAGUCUUUUGUUUGAAAGAGAAUUCAAGAGAACAGAAAUGCUGCACAUUUUUAAAGAUCUGAAGGACUGGUUUGAAGAAGCCGUUUGUUAAAUGUAACACUUGAACUUUGAUUUCUGCUGCUGAAGUCACUCAGCAGGUGGCAUAAUGCAACACGGAGUUGAAAACUGCAGCUGUGAGUUUGACUCGAGCAAAUACGAGGUUUGCUUUACUGCUUAUCAGGUCUACAAUUAAACUACACAGGAAUGAACAAAUGGAGCAAAAAUCUUCAAUAGGUCAAAUUAACAAAGAAAACGAAAUUUUUAGUGCCCGGAUAAUUUUCUUUUCAUUUAUUUUUAUUUGAGCAGAAAUAGAGAGUAGUUACCCAACUCCAGAUUGGGAAACUGGAGUUUUGAUAAACCAAAGAGGUCAGAGUUCAUAAAGAGGUUUGAGAAUGUGAAGUGAGGGUAAUGACCCGAUAAACUCCAACUAAGACCGCUUGGGAAUUCUUUGUAAAACAUGAUAGCAGGUUGUUGUUGGAAGGCUUUUAGUUUGGGAAGGUUUCCUGACUAAAACCUUAGACCUUAAAGUCUUUGUAAUAAAGACCAACGACCUUCUAUACACAUUGUUCUCCAUACUUAAAUCCUAUUGUUUUUAUGCAUUUUUGU